AUGAUUGGAAAAACCAUUUGGAAGUUUCGCAUUCAAAAACUGCUUGGCGUCGGAGCUUUUUCAAAGGUGUACCUGGUAGAAUGUACAGAAACCGGAAAAAAAUAUGCUAUUAAGAUGAUUUCCAAGGAUCGUUUAGCGCAUGAUUCGAGGAUACGCUCUAGCAUUGAUCGUGAAGUGGCCAUACUGGAGUACAUCGAUCAUCCUAAUGUCGUUCACCUUGAUUGUACCAUGGAGACGGAACACCACUUUUGUCUAGUGCUCGAACAUGUUGAUGGUGGUGAACUUUACGACUACGUAGAGAAGUUACACAAAAAUCUUACCCCCGGCCAAACCGUCGAUGAAAUGCUUAUCAAGCGUUUGUUUUUGCAACUCGUUAAUGUCAUGAUCUGGUUGCAUGAGAAGCAUAUUGUCCAUCGCGAUUUGAAAUUAGAAAAUAUUUUGAUCUCAUCAGCAACAGAUAGCGAUGUUCCGGUACUGAAAUUAUCGGAUUUUGGGCUCGCUCGCGUCAUUGAAGUGGACAAUCCUAUAUUACGUACACGAUGUGGUAGCGAAGAAUAUGCUGCCCCAGAAAUCAUUCAAAACACAGGAUAUGAUGGAAGGAAAACAGAUACCUGGGCCCUCGGUGUUAUCCUAUAUGCGCUUUUGGUCGGCUAUCUACCCUUCAUGUACAAUCCAGCGCGAGGCGAAAAAGUAUCGCAUUUGUUUUAUCGCAUCCUCAGCAGCAGCCAAGUCAAAUGGCCUUCAGAGUGGACCAAGGACCCUUCUCGCUCCAUAAGUCAAGAAGCGAAAGAUGUUGUUAAUAGUCUGUUGACUCGUCAACCUGACAAACGCAUAGACCUUACGGAAGUCAAGAAGAUGGCUUGGUUCAAUGAUUGUGACUUGGAUGUGGACAUGGCUUGA